AACGUAUUUAUAAAAAAAGUUCCCCAAAAACGUCGAUACUGUGUUGAAGACGAGCAGCUGCUGAACCCAGCUAUCAAAAGCGUUUUCUCCGUAGUGUAAAUGUAACCGACUGAGUAGGCAUAGCUAUAUAGCUCCUGUCACCCAAUGGCAGGCCUUCAAUGUGUUAAGACAUGGAUCCUGCUACCAACACCGUUGAAGACCUGAUGCUCAGGAUCUGCCACCAAGAGGGCAUUGAGAACUCUACAGCUGUGUGCCUCUACACCGUUGAAGACCUGAUGCUCAGGAUCUGCCACCAAGAGGGCAUUGAGAACUCUACAGCUGUGUGCCUCUACACCGUUGAAGACCUGAUGCUCAGGAUCUGUCACCAAGAGGGCAUUGAGAACUCUACAGCUGUGUGCCUCUACACCGUUGAUGGAAUGCCUCUAACUGAUGAUCCUUUCUUCAACACAUGGUCUUUGAAAGACAGGCACAUUGAAAUUGGAAGUGAGCUCUAUGCCAUGUUUACACCCAAGGAGAACUUGAGACCAGCCCUGCUAGUGACACUGCAAGAAAUUACUGACAUGACAGGAGAGGAUAAUGUUCGAUGCCACAUCAUGCUCAAGGGAGACUUUGAGGUCAAGGUGGACUUGGCAAGUGACACAUUACGAGAUCUGAGACAGAAGCUCUCUGAUGAAAGUGGAAUCCCAGCACAUGUCCUCCAUUAUAAAUGUAAACGCGGUGGAGUUGGACAGACUUUGCUAGAUUGUGGAAUCAAUGAGGAGUCAACUGUGGUCUUUUCUCUGUCCUCCUUCCCUGAUGAGCGUCAAGACAUUAAGGAAUUCUACUUCAAUGAUGUCGUUCCCUCAGUGCAACAAUCCCAGAAAGGACUCAGUGCUUUCUUUUCUUCACUUUAUGCCAUUAACAAUAGAGAACAACGUUCUGGAGAUGUAUUAAACAAAGUGACUGCAUACAUUUGAAAGCUCAGUGGGUGCAAACCUUUGGCCCAAAGUCUGCAUCAGCUGUUGUAUAGAAAUGAGGUUGGAACAAGGACCCAGAAGGUUGCUAUCGUUGAAGGAUUGUACAAUCUCUUCAGAGAGCUGUUGCCAAGCCUCCACAAAAGAAGAGGUGACACAAUCAUUGAAGACUCAGAUGUUUUUGAGAAUGCACCAGUGUGCUGGGCCUACCUGUUAUCUGAAGCAAAGAAAGAGAGUUCACAACAUGAGGUCUAUGUACCGAUAGUCUUGAACUCUCAACCUGGAGAAUGUUUCUGCGACCCAGUUCGAGUACCUGGGUUACCAGAUGUCUUUGAGAGAGAGGAUGUUCUGCAGAAAAUCAAAGAUGGAGAGAAAAUCGCAAACUGCUCUGUGGAGAUCCUGACAGAGACUUCAAUGUCUAGAGCCUCUGAUGUUGAAAGGAUUUUUCUCAGUCUGCCUCCAUUCAUCAAAACAUUCCCUAAGUGGGCUUCAUCUGGACUUGUGACUCGCC